CUGGGUACUACAAUGGCGACAAUGAAUCAGGCUUUUGGUAAUACAGAAUCUACAACAUCGUAUUCGCAACAGCCAACUGAUCGUUUGAAGUUGUUGUACCCCACGGUGAAUGAAGAAGAAACUCCUCUUCCGCGUUCUUGGAGCCCAAAGGACAAAUUCACGUACAUAGGCUUGUCUCAAAACAAUCUUCGAGUACACUAUAAAGGUGUUGGCAAGAACCACAAAGAUGCUGCUAGUGUUCGUGCCACUCACCCAAUUCCUGCAGCAUGUGGCCUAUAUUACUUCGAAGUGAAGAUCGUCAGUAAGGGUAGGGAUGGCUACAUGGGUGUGGGCCUGUCCGCACAGGGCGUCAACAUGAACAGACUGCCUGGUUGGGACAAACAUUCAUAUGGAUACCAUGGUGAUGAUGGCCAUAGUUUUUGCUCUAGUGGCACAGGCCAGCCUUAUGGACCAACGUUUACAACCGGUGAUGUGAUUGGGUGUGGUGUCAACCUUAUUGACAACGUGUGCUUCUACACAAAGAAUGGCCAUAACCUUGGGGUUGCCUUUACAGACUUACCGCCCAACUUGUACCCUACAGUCGGCUUGCAAACACCAGGCGAGGUGGUAGAUGCAAAUUUUGGACAGUCUCCCUUUGUCUUUGAUAUUGAAGACAUGAUGAAGGAACUGGUGAUACAGACGAGGACUACAAUAGAAAGAUUUCCAGUCAACGACAAGCAAGGUGAAUGGCAGACUACAUUACACAGAGUCGUCCAGACUUACCUGAUUCACCAUGGUUAUUGUGCUACAGCAGAAGCGUUUGCCCGAAGUACCGGCCAGUCAUUUGAUGAAGACCUUUCUUCCAUUAAAAAUCGGCAAAGAAUCCAGAAGUUGGUGCUGGCAGGUCGGGUUGGAGAGGCCAUUGAGACAACACAGAGGCUCUACCCUGGUCUGCUGGAAAACAAUCCCAACUUGCUAUUCCUCCUGCGCUGCCGCCAGUUUGUUGAAAUGGUUAAUGGUACAGACAGUGAAGUGCGACCAGCUCGGCGCUCACCUGGCUCCAGUCCACGAUUAUUAAUGCUGAGUUCGUCACCAAAGUCAACAGGAAGUGAUGUGGCCUCCAAUGGAGUGGCAGCCUCGGACAGCAGCACAGCAAAUGGGGACACAGCACUAAACGGGGACCACAAUGAUGGUGAUUGUGGAACAGACAUGGUUGUGGAGGGCAGUGAAGGAAGGACAAUGGUGGCGAAUGGGCUAGACCCAGACAGUCGGCAGCACAAUGGUCACUUCCAUCGGCUAGACCUUGGAGAUACAGAUAUGGAGGUUGACCCACCAAAGCGGCAACUGUGUGGGGGCAGUCAAGCAGCUAUGGAGCAUAUGCUACAGUUUGGCCGUGAGCUUCAUCUGAUGAGUAUUCAGCUCAAGCAUCAGUACGGAACAAACAAAGCCAACCGAAAGAUGAUCCAGGAUGCUUUCAGCUUGCUAGCCUAUGCAGAUCCCUGGAGCAGUCCCGUUGGAUACCAGCUUGACCCAGUUGAAAGGGAACCAGUGUGUGCGGCACUCAACAGUGCAAUCUUAGAAUCUCAGAAGUUGCCCCGUCGCCCACCACUGGAGCUUGUAAUUGCUCACUCCCGAGAACUACUCAAGCUGAUGUCCAAGGCAGGCCUGGGAUCGUGCGCCUUUGCCAACAUUGACUCACUUUUGCAGUGAUUGUGACACUCUCUCUGCGGUGAAAUAUCAGUGGAUGCUACUUUUUUUUUUACAAGCCAAUCUGCCGACUACCUGUGCAGAGAGCCACCCUCCUCAUCUUCAAGAAAAGAGCAAUUACGAAGCUCCAAACAUCUGCAAGAAAGUUCUUGAGCCAUGGCCCAGAAAGAGGACAUUUCAAGGAGUUAAUUAAUAUUUCAGGCGUUUCAUGUUCUGCAUGAACGGAAUCACCCAAUUGCUUAGAAUUUUGAGAAAUUUAUUUGCUCAAGCCACCAUAUGUCUUUAGCUUUGCUCUAAUGGAGGAGUGAUGUCUUGAUAUCUUGUCACUUUCUGUUUGACAGCAGUACGUGGCUUGUUUCAAAGUGGUUAUGGCUUGGUAUAGUGGCAGUGGUGGUUUGUGAGCUUCGUUGCAUUGGUAUUUUUAUGCUUAGUGGGGAGGCAUUGUUAUUCAUGGCGUGAAAAAAAUGGACCAUGAAAGACUGCUGCUCAUUUGAUUGUCCAGGAAUAGAAAUAAAGUCAAAUGUUUUCAAAAUUCCAGGUAA